AUGCCUGGCAAGCGUCUUGUGAGGCAUGGGGUAAGAGGUUCGCAACAAGUGUACAUGAACAAGGUGAAGUUUGAUCCCUAUCGCUACAAACUGGAUGAUCAGAAGCUCCCACCGGGUGUUGUGGCGUUCUUUACUAGCUUGUGCUGCCGACGCUGCUGCGAAGUCCUGCAAUGGAAGGUGGACUACGGCAAGUACAUUCCUUUGGAACGUCAAAGAAGGUGCAACUGCUGCCAGGAAAGGACGGUGACGCUUGCGUAUCAUCAUAUGUGCCAGCAGUGUGCAAAGGAGACGGCGCGCUGCGCCAAGUGCCAGAAAUCCCCGACGCUGGGAGAAUCAAUUACCAACGCUGAAGGGAGCGUCUGUGACACCAGGGCCGGAGACGAAGCUAAUGCAGAGGUUGGAGAAGAGGAGGAAGAGGAUCAGUUUGAAGGGGCCAUGUCAGCAGGCGUGUCGAGAGGUGAGGUGUUGGGUAAGUACGCCUUUGUGGAGCAGGAAAACUCAGAUGAGGAGUUCUGGCCACUGCGUGGAUUAGACAUCCGGCAGCUGAAGCAGCGGAAGGCGGAAUUAGUACGUCAGCAAGAAAAGGAUCGUAUUGGUCGCUUGCGAGAACGUGAGCGAAGAACCGUGCUUCGACGCGCUGUACGAGACCCAGCAGCUGAACAGGGAGCAGAUGACAGCGACGAGGAAAUCUGA